AGGUGGUUGGGCGGGAUGGCGGCGGCGGCGGCGGCGCUGGGGCGCUGGGAGGUGGUGGGGAAGCCCGGCCGGAGGGGCGCCGCGGGAGGCGGCGGCGGCGGCAGAGGGGGCCCUUCGGGGCGGAAGGCGCUGGGGGCCGCGGCGGCCGCUCCCUCGACCGCGCCGGAGACCCUCCUGGUCCUGGAGAAGGCGGCAGCGGCGGCUGGGCGGCGGCGGCAGCAGCAGAGCAAGGAUGAGGUUCCGCCUCCUCCGCCGUCCAGGAAGGCCCCGGGCGGCGGCGGCAAGAGCGCUAAGAAGGCUCCGGCCGGCGGGGACCCGGCGCCCAAGCAGGGCCGCUUCCGCAGCCUGGAGGACGCGCUCAAGGCGCUGGAUUUGUCAGAACUCCAGAAGGAGCUGGACAAAAGCUUGAGCAUGUUCCCAGAGAAUCCGUCUGUGUGGGUCAAAGACCUGGCUGGGUAUCUGAACUACAAGCUGCAAGCCCCAAAGAGCGACCCCACCCUCAGCCAGCACCCUCACGACUAUCCCUACUGCCUUGUGAACAAAGAGCUGAGGAGCACCAUCAAGUCCUUGCUGUCGAAAUCGGCGGGUGUCCUGGAGCUUUUCUUUGACCACUGUAUUUACACAAUGUUGCAAGAGCUGGACAAGACUCCUGGGGACUCCCUGCAUGGCUACAGGAUUUGCAUUCAGGCCAUGCUGAUGGACAGGCCUAAAGUUGCCACCAUGGACUUGUGUAAGUAUCUUGAGCUGCUGAGCUCCCAUCAAACCCGUCCGGCCAAAUGUCUCACCAUCAUGUGGGCCUUGGGUCAAGCUGGACUUACUGAUCUUAAAGAAGGACUUAAAGUGUGGCUCGGCAUUAUGUUCCCUGUUCUGGGAAUCAAAUCUCUCUCCCCGUAUGCCAUUGCCUACCUGGAUCGGCUGCUGAUGAUGCAUCCCAACUUGACCAAAGGCUUUGGUAUGAUAGGACCCAAGGACUUCUUCCCUCUCAUGGACUUUGCCUUCAUGCCCAACAACUCUCUAUCCCCCAGCCUGCAGGAGCAGCUGCGCCAGUUGUAUCCCCGCCUGAAAGUCCUGGCCUUUGGGGCUAAGCCUGAGACCACCCUGCACACCUACUUCCCUUCCUUCCUCUCCAGAGCCCUGCCCAGCUGCCCCCUUGAUAUGCAGAAAGAGCUGCUCAACUGCCUGGCCGAGGGCCUCCGCCUGGAUCCCCUCAGCUUCAAUGUCUGGAGGCAGCUGUACAUCAAACACCUCCCACAGUCAAGCCUGCUCCUGAAUCACUUUCUGCAGACCUGGGACAGCACUUCCAAAAAGGUGCGGAAAUCUUUACAGGAAACAGUUCAUUCGUUCAAAGUCACAAACGAGGAACUGACCAUGAAAGGACCAAACAGCGAACAGGAUGUUGCUGCUUGCAGAGCUGCAUGCAAGAACCUGCUGCUGAAGAUGAAAGCCAGUGGCCUUCCUUGGGCUCGGCUGCUGCUGGUCGCCUUGGUAUUCACUGCGGGGUUCCUAAUGCAUGACAUCAGGACUCACGGCUCCUUUGAAGCUUCUGCCUCGGCUCAGGUGCUCCGCUCUUCCGGCAUCCUCUCCGCAUCCCAGCAAGCCUGGAGCAGAGUUUCCCACUUCUCUGCGGAAGGGUACAGCUGGCUGGAAGCAAACAUGCCUCUCUACUACUCUCGUGUGGCCACCGUGCUGGGACCCAACCUGGAGCUGGUGUGGGCAAAGACAAAGGAAGCAGCCGCCUACAUCUCUGGGAAGUGCUCUGCUCAGCUCACCUGGCUCAGUGACAACCUCCCCAGGUUCAUCGAAUGGCUCCAGACCCGGGUUCCAGAUUCCCUGCUGCACGGGGCGGAAUACCUCAAGGAGCUGCUGCUCUUCCUCAUGCGGAACUACUUCCUGCCUGCUGUGGACUAUCUUGCUGGGUCCCUGGAGGGGGCCUGGAAACUCUGGGUGGAUUCCUGCAAUGGCGAAGGGUCCUGGGAGUGCUUGCGGAAACACAUGACCAGCCUCAGCCAUGCCUCUUGGACGUACCUGCAAGACACCACCGUGGCCAUCAGAGACUGGGCCCUGGCCAUGGUCUCUGGGCACUAGUCGAGGCCCAGGGCUCAGGAGCUGGGCGUGAGCUUUGGGUCCCCGCUCUCCCGUUGCUGCUGGCAGCAGGAUGUGCCAACUCACUGUUCCGCCUGCAGACCACAAAGUGAGGGGCAGCCUCCACCUUUGACUUGCCGCUGAAGCCCAGGUCUGCCCAGCAGGCCAGGAGCCUCCCAGCUCCCCACCCACCGUGUGGUCAUUCUUUGUCUCCACUCCAGCCUUGCUGAAAAAGCCAGUCGUCUGCUGUCCGUUUGAUGGGCUGAACCAGGCGGGAGGCAGCGGUGCACACCCAGGAAGCGGCCCCUCUGCCCGUUGGGGGACGAGCCCUUUCUGUAUCCUACAUUCAGUGCUGUUACCCCCAAUAAAUAGGUUGCUGGGGCAGUGGCCCCCUUCCCUAUCCCUCUGUGCAUGGAGCACCUGCUGCUGCCGCUGCCCUCAGCCUUUUCUCUGCAGCUCCUUCAACUGCCCCUGGCAGCUCAAGCCAAUCUCAAGGGCUGGUGCCUGCCUGGGACCCUGCCUUGCCAGCCUCCCACCCAUCGCCCUGUGGCCUGAGCAGAGGCUCUGGGGGCAUUUCCCCGAGCUGUUAAGCUGCCUCCUUCUCUCAGGUGAUUGUGAGUCUUUGCCUUCCCCCAAAGAGCUGCCUUUGCCUUAUUGUGGACCCAGGAGGGGAGAGAGCUCAUAUUAUGCAGCAGGGAGCACUCAUGACUGCAGGGCCCAGAGAGGAGGGUAGAGAGGGCUGGUCAGCUAGGCUGGUAGGUCCUCUUGCAAGUUCCAUAAAGAACAACUGUGCCGCCUCCUGGCUCGAAGGAAAACUAGCCUAGUUGGGGGGGUCUGUCUUUCACCUUCUGUAAUGCCCACUCCUUGGUCUCUUCCCAGGGCCUAUGUGUGGCCUUGAAGUCUGUGUUGUGACCCUGUUCCCAGCAUGCCCUGAACACCUUGAGUUGCCCUCCUCUCUCCCAGCCAGGCAUAAGGAUGAGCCCUUAUUUGGGAGGGUACGGAUCUGGCUGCUUUGCCCCAAUUACAUUUCUCUCCUUGGUGCAGCCAGACUUCCAAAGGUGACGGGACCCUGCCAUGACAAUGGUGUGGGGCUUUUGUCAUGUGCAAUAAAGGAAAUAUCUUUGGUUA